AUGCGUAAACCGAUCCUUUUUUCUUUCCGCCGUGCCCCUGGCUGCGCCACUGCCCGCAUGUUGUAUCUUCGGUCCGCGUGUCUCCAGCAACUCCGUUUUGGGCACACGCUUCCACCAGGUUUGAACGACGCCGCCCGUAGCGCUGCUUUGGCAUCUGAAACAAAGGCGACAAGGGGAGAGGCGAGUCGAAGCCCCUCGCUUGUGGCCAAAAGCGUUGGAAGGGCACCUGGUGUUGCAUGUUCUGCAGCCCACGAAGACGGAACGUUUGGCAGCCUCCGACUUAGCAGCAGCGGCCCUUCUGGUCUUAUCGAGGAGGCUACGAUGGAAGGUCCACGUGAUGAAGUGAUGGCGCCGAGUCACGCGGGCGAUUGUGCCGGAGACUGUGCGGAGGCCAAAAAAUUGGUUCUGGAGGAGGGUGUGGAGCAGGCAGGUGGGAAUAACGUGAAUGGCACAUCUCACGCCGAUGAAAAGGAGAGUGAGGUGCGUGUUUUGGUACGGGAUCACAUGCGCAAAAUUGUCGAUGUGAAACGUCUUCAUUCCUUUGCGCAGCUGAGGAGCAAGCUGCCGCGGUGGUUGUUCUAUGGUAUCCAGCAGUCGGGGUACAUAAAACCAACUCUUGUACAGUCGGUGGCCAUUCCGCUUUUUAUGGAAAGGCGAGAUGUCGUGGGUAUUGCCCCAACGGGGAGUGGCAAGACGGUGGCAUUUGCACUGCCAGCCCUUGCUGCCCUGCCACCAUCUGAUAGCCGUGGAAAUCACGAGAGGAAUCGUGGGAAUGCGGACAAUCCCGUGGUUGUGAGCCCCAACGUGUUGGUUCUAUGCCCCACGCGGGAACUGGUGCAGCAAACGCGGAAUGUUAUCUCCCAACUGGCAGGGAAUGCUGUGCGUGUGAAGGGGGCCUUCGGCGGACAGGGUCGGGAGCAGCAGAUGGAGCAACUGCGGCGAUGGGGUGGCUGCGAUGUCCUUGUCUCUACUCCAGGGCGCCUCUGCGACUUUGUGGAGGCCGAUGUUGUGAGUCUAGAGCAUGUCGGCUUUCUUAUCCUGGACGAGGCAGACCGCAUGUUGGAGCUUGGCUUCGCCCCACAGUUGGAAUUCAUCAUGUCAACUAUCCGAAAAUUCAAGCGGCCACGGCAAACGACAAUGUGGACUGCAACGUGGAACGCCACGGUUGGUAGUUUGGCCUCGCGUUUUUUAAAGCCAGAGCGCGUGUUUUUUGAGGUGGAUCGUGAGCAUAAAAUGAACACCGACAUCACACAGAACUUGUAUCCUCUUAAAGAUCCCUCGCAGCGCAUCCACGCCAUUGUGAAACUGUACGAGAAUGCCAUCAUCUCGAAGAGGCAACAGGUCCUCAUUUUUGUGAAUCGCAAAGAAGAUGUUGAGCAACUCUCGGAGGACCUAAAAACGGCACUGCGUGCGCCACCAGAUUUAAUUCGGUGCUUACAUGGAGGGAUGAAGCAAAACAAGCGAGAGCGCAUCCUGCAUGGUUUCAGGGAGGGCAACAUUCGGGUUCUUUGCGCCACGGACGUUGUGGCCCGUGGUCUUGAUGUGCCCGAGCUUGACCACGUCAUCAACUAUGAUCUUCCAGGCGACUCCGACGCGUAUGUGCAUCGUGUCGGCCGCACGGGACGCGCCGGCCGUCGAGGAACGGCGCACACGUUUAUUCUCGCCGGCGACAAUCGUGCCCCGCUGAUUGCCCGCUUCAUCGCAAAACAGCAGGGUACCGCGUUGCCGGAAGAUGUGCUUGCAAUUAUUCAUGACAUUGAGCUCCAUGGCGGAGCGGCGACGGAGCGUCCAAAGUACAAAGACCACGCACGUCUCGCGGGCAAAGACUGGCGCGUGUAUGGCAGCGCAAAGUCAAUAAAAACAGAAGAGCGUCGAUAUGUCCGGGGAUACGGCCAUGUCUUGACACUCAAGCGGCCCACCCCACGCAAGGAGAAAUAG